GCCUGCAAGAUUCUCUGCAUGGCGGAUCGCAUGGCUGAACAAGCUAGUGGUUUCGUGACUCCGUCGGGAUGGUUUCCACCCCCCGAGUUGACGCCCACGUUAGGGCCUCUGGGUGACACUGCCCCGAUGCGGGACAACUGGAUGCUUUGGGCAAUGAUGCGUCCGCCGCCGCCACCACCUCCUUCGUCGUCUCAUCCCACAGCUGGAUCAGAGCCUGCCUCGGAGACACAGCCCUCCCGGGAGGCCCAGGCACUCCCGGGGGCGCCGCCCCCCUUCGACGCCCAGCUGCUUGCCGGGGCGCAGCCCCCCUUCGACGCCCAGUCCCCUCUUGAUUCUCAGCCUCAACUCAAUGUCCAGCCUUCCUGGAAUUACCAGGCUUCGACAUCGUGGUACUGGAGGCAGUCUCCUGAUACUUUUCCUCAACAUCAGAAGUCCCACAACCCUCCUGUUAAACGUUCCUUUUUUCCACGAAAAUACGAUGCAAACGUCAAUGAUUUCAACUUCCCUCCCAGUAGAAAGCAGAAAAAAAAGAAAAGAAAGGAACCAGUUUUUCACUUUUUUUGUGACACCUGUGAUCGUGGAUUUAAAAAUCAAGAAAAGUAUGAUAAACACAUGUCUGAACAUACAAAAUGUCCUGAAGUAGAUUGUUCUUUUACUGCACAUGAGAAGAUUGUCCACUUCCAUUGGAAAAAUAUGCAUGCUCCUGGUAUGAAGAAAAUCAAGUUAGACACUCCAGAAGAGAUUGCAAGAUGGAGGGAAGAAAGAAGAAAAAACUACCCAACUCUGGCCAAUAUUGAAAGAAAGAAAAAGUUAAAGCUAGAGAAGGAGAAGAGAGGCGCAGUAUUGACGACAACGCAGUAUGGAAAGAUGAAGGGGAUGUCCAGACAUUCACAAAUGGCAGAGAUCAAAAGUCUUGGCACACAUCACAGAUGGAAAAAUGACAGGGAUGGACACAGAGCAACCAUUGGAUUAGGCAGUCCCUCGUGUGAGUCAAAGCCUGAAGGUCCACCUGAGACAAAUGCAGAUCCCCUUGGUGUUUUGGCAGACAAUGAUUCUGAGUCUGAUAAGGAAGACAGACCACUCAGUACUGUCAUACCCAAGGAAGUGACCCCAGCCCUGUGCUCACUAAUGAACAGCUAUGGUAGCCUAUCAGGGUCAGAGAGUGAGCCUGAAGAAACUCCCAUCAAGACUGAAGCAGAAGUUCUGACAGAAAACCAGGUUCUUCUAAACAGUACUCAUGAGAGUCCAAGUCACCAUGUUCAAGAGACUAUUAGAAAUUUCUCUGAAGCCAAGCCUAAGAGCCCAAGGAAAAAUUUUAAAAAGACAAAUCCUAAGCAGAAAAAAUAUCACAACUAUCAAACAUUAUUUAAACCAAGAACACACCAUCCAAAUCUCCUGGAAAUGCUUUUGGCUCCGGACAUCAGACAUGAAAGAAAUGUGAUUUUGCAGUGUGUUCGGUACAUCAUCAAGAAAGACUUUUUUGGACUUACUGCUAAUUCUGUGAAAACUGAGGAUGUUCCAGCCUGCAUAACUGAAGCAUGUAAAGGAGUACCAUCCUGAAGUUAGUGGAGGAAAACCUUUUUUUUAAAAAAGAAAAAAACCUGCUUUAGUAAUUGUAAGCGUCUUAAGAUAUCAUGUUGGAUUUUUAAGUCAUUUCUUUGAACCAGUGCUAAUAAAUACAUAACUGAUUCUUAAGGCUGUGUCUUUAUUGUUGGGAUCAUACAUAGUAUUUGCAGGCAGAAUUUUACUUAUUUGUAUUUAUUUGUAUGUAUUGCUAUUAUGUAAGGAAGUCUGCUAUUGGGCAAGUAAAGAAUUUGAAGAUACUGGUUUAGUAGGAAAGAAUGAAGCAUUUGAAAUGUUUAAUUCAGCCAAGCAAAGCUGGAAGUUGGGUGGAGAAAUACAGACAGGUGUUUUGUUUUUAAUGCAGGAAAGAAAGAGUUGUUCUUUAACUGUAGCAAUGAAGGAUAUUAAAAUAAAAAUAAAACAGAGAUCAAAUUUAUACUAUUAA